CAAAUUUCGUAGCCUUGUCCAUUGUGACAUUAUUAUUCAUCCGAAAAAUGCACCUCGAACUGCCGUCGUCACGAUGGUGGCGUUCGCUUGGGUUGGUUCCACGGCACACAAAGAGUGAUAAGCCCCCUGAGAAGUCCAAGACGUCGUUCUUUAAGUGGCGGCGCCAGUCCACCGUCGGCGUGGCCGACGACGACGAAUCCACGCCGCCGCCUCCUCCCGCGAUCUCUAAUAAUGUCGUCGCUCCACCUGCGACGGACGUAGUAGAGGUCGAGCCACCGACGAAGCGAAUGCAAGUCCCCGUGGCCAUCCCCCUCGAGUACUUGUACAAGCGGGAGACGUUCGUAGGCGGCAAGAAGGUCCCAUAUACAAGACUGCACGCAAAACAAAGGCGGAUGCGACUCAUCAUCUACGACCGCAUUCACGAAGACAAGCCAAUCCUUGUCUUUUGAUGGCCAGUUCAAGUGUCACCACCGGGAGGAAUGGAAUCGACAAAGAUGUGGCGACGGCAUGCGCCAACUGUACUGUACAUAGCGCUGCCCCCCCCCAUCCCAAGGGAGUUGGCAUGUUCAAAUGUGCAGAUAUCACGUAGAUAAAAUAUGCAUGUAUUAUUUAUAACAAGGGUGGAAUUACCAGAAUAUUAAGUCAAGUGCGCG